AUGAGUUACGGUGGUGGCUACGGAAAUCGUGGUGGUUACGACUAUCAAAGAAGAGACCGUAUUAAUGAAGAAGAGGUCCCUGAAUCCAAGCAUACCAUUUUCAUUCGUGGUUUGCCUGGUGAUAUGUCGACCGAUGAGAUCAAAGAAUAUUUCGAGGACAGAAUCGGCCCAGUCUCUUUCGAUUUUGUAAAAACAAGUGCUGAUCAACAGCGCUUGUUUGUAGCUGUUCGUUUUGAGACCAGAGAUGAUGCAAAAGAAGCGAUGAGCAAGUGA